UUUUAUUUUGAAAUCACGCACCGGAAACGAUGCCUGUGUGGUUUCGGGGUGGACGCAGAAGAAGUCGCAGGUUGAUCGCUGAGAAGCUGACAGGAUGAAACUUUGAUCCAAAAUCCGAGGAGAAGAAGCUGCUGCUGACGUCAUCAUGGCUCUGAAGGCUCAGGUUCUGUACGACUUCACAGCUGAACCAGGAAACAACGAGCUGUCGGUCAGACAGGGAGAGACGGUCACAGUGCUCGACCAGACUGUGGGUGGAGGCUGGAUCAAAGCCCAGAACUCCAGCGGACAAACCGGACUGGUACCUGAGGGAUAUUUACAGGUCGGUAACGGUGGCGGCGGUGAAGGAGGCAGGGACUCCUGGUCAGGGCCCGAGGCUUUUGUCAGCAACACAACAAAAGGAUGGGACAGUCAGGGAUAUCCACACACACAACAAGCGGCUGUCGAGGACGAUGACGGCGAGUGGGACGACGACUGGGACGACCAGUCACAGGGCGGUUACCAUGGUGAUGAUCAGGUGUAUGAGGACGGUGGGGCUUCAGGACGAAGCACCACUGGGCCCUCCGUGAAGAUCUCCCUUAACAAGUUUCCGUUCUCCAAAGGUCCAAGCCCUGAAGUCUUCUUGUUAGCCAAACCUCCAGCUAACAGCAGAGACAGACUUCCUGUCUACAUAGGAGAGGUGGGUCCGGUCUGGCUGUACCCGUCAGCUCCGCUGGACUGUGUGAUCGCCGAUCCCAAGAAAGAAUCCAAACUGUACGGACUGAAGAGCUUCAUCGAGUACCAGAUUACUCCCAAUACAACCAACAGACCUGUCAAUCAUCGCUACAAGCAUUUUGAUUGGCUGUACGAGCGUCUGCUGGAGAAGUUUGGCUCGGCUCUGCCCAUCCCCUCACUGCCCGACAAACAGGUGACAGGCCGGUUCGAGGUGGACUUCAUUAGGAUGAGGAUGGAGCAGCUGCAGACCUGGAUGACUCGGAUGUGUCGUCACCCCGUCGUCUCUCAGAGUGAUGUCUUUCAGCUCUUCCUCAGCUACAGAGACGAGAAGGAGUGGAAGGCGGGAAAGAGGAAGGCGGAGAAAGACGAGACGGUGGGUCCGAUGAUCUUCAGUCUGAUUGAACCUCAAGCUGCAGAGCUUGACGCUGCUGAGGUUGAACAGAAGUGUGAACACUACAGUCGCUUCACAAAGUCAAUGGAGGACGGAGUCAGAGAGCUGCUGAACGUCGGACACGCACACUGGAAACGCUGCACCGGACCGCUGCCUAAAGAGUACGAGCGGAUUGGUCGAGCCUUCAAGAACCUGUCGUCUGUUUUCAUCAGCAGCAAAUAUCCAGGAGAGGAGACGCUGACUGACGCUCUGUCAGCUGCUGGAAAAACCUACGAGGAGAUCGCAGAGAUCGUCGCACAACAGCCUCAGAAGGACCUUCACUUCCUGUUGGAGACAAACAGCGAGUACAAAGGCCUGCUGGGAUGUUUCCCAGAAAUCAUUGCUGUACACAAGGCUGCAGCAGAGAAGGUGAAAGAAGCCGAUCGUCUGGUUUCUGCUGGAAAAAUCAACAACAGCAACAGGAAGUGCAUGAACCAACGAAUCAGCUGCAUGAGCUACUCACUGCAGGCUGAGAUGAACCAUUUCCAUAGCAACCGUAUCUAUGACUACAACAGAGUGAUGCAGCUCUACCUGGAACAACAGGUGACCUUCUACCAACAGAUCGCUGAUAAACUGAGAGGAGCGCUGAGCCAGUUCGCCACACUGUGAGGAUGACGUCACAGCCGGAUGACAUCACCGAUGACGUCACUGCUGCGCUUAACAAAUAAAAUGUUUGAAUAUUAA